CAACAACAACCGCAACAGCAGGAACAUCAACAAAACGGCUACUUCUUGCCGCAUCAGCAAUACCAGCAACGACAGAGUCGCGAAAGCCCGCGGAAUUCGAAUUACGAAGAGAUCGAUCCGGGCAGUUAUGGCGAGGAGAGGCAAAUACAUGACCGCGGACAGUUUAUAGAGGCAGCACACACGAACAAUGAUUCUAUUACAAAUCCACCGCUGCCCGAGAAAAAUACAAAGCCUGCAUUCCACCAUUACGAAAACUUCACACCAUUUAAUGGGAAUAUCAGUAUUUAUGAGAAUGUGAUCCCAUCGUACAAUAAUAAGGGUAGAAAUAUUAAUAAUAACAAUAACGGCGCUAAUAAUACGAGUUCGCCAAGGCCAAAGACAAAUACGAGGGACGCGUACGAGAAGAUGAUCGACAAUAAAUUGGACGUAUCAAACGACGAUCUACUCGAAGCUAUAGAGCAGCUAUCGAUGCUUUCGAAACCUAGGAAUUCCGGCGGAUUUUCGACGACGAUUAAUACAACGACAACACUACCGAUAAUCACGACAGUGGUGACAGCAACAACGCCUAAGAGGAUUAACAGCGAACACAAUAACGCCAAAUCGAACGAAGCCAAAGCCGAUAAGGAGCGAAAGGAAUCAGAGGAAGAGGACCGGAAGAAGUACAUCGAAUUUCUCCAGAACGAGAAGCAGCACAUAUUAGGAAAUAUGGAUGGAUUGAAGAGAAGUGUGGCUGACAUCGAGACCCAAGAAGAGGAGAUUAAUCGAGAGCUGGAGCUCGAGGCCGCUCUGCUGUCAGCCGAGUACGAGUCCGAGUCGCUUAAGCUCGAGCAGGAGGAAGGGGAGCGGACGCGAGUCCAGACGAAGAUCGGCGAGCUCGAGGAAGAUAUGGUAGAGAGCAACGCGUCCCAGGCGCAUCUGCAGGCGGAGGCGAAGCAGCGUGUGAUCGAGGCCCAGCACGCGUGCGCAGACCUCGAGGAGGAGCUCGCGGACGCGAAGGGUCGGGAUGACGAGCGUGACAGCGACCUCGUAGACAAGCUCGCCGCACAGACGGAGAUCCUCGAGACCGAGAGGAAAGCCUUUGAGGACCUUGAGUUUCAUCAUCUGGAGGAAGAGGCUAGCAAGCUUGCCACUAGAGAGGAAUUACAACGAUACAUCAGCGAAUUAUCAGCGAAAAUCGAAAAUAGAAAAAUACAACUCGACCAAUUAGAUUCUCAACGAAGCGACAUUAAGAAUGCAGUGAAAAAGGAGGCAAAAAGUCUAGAAAGGCAAAAGCUCGCACAUCUAAGAAGAUUAGAAGAGGGUCGCAAUCGAUUGCGUGCCAUUGACGAUGAAUUGGAAAGUCUAGCGAAAAAUGCCAUCGAUAAUGCCGAUGUGAAGCGCUCGCCAAGUAGGGAGGAUUUCGACAGAAUAUCGAGGGUUACGACCGACUCGCCAAUCGUCAAUAAUCAAGGCAGUUUGGGAAGGAAAACGAUCGAGUCUCUUAAAGAGAUCGAACGAAAUCGACAGUUACACUUAGCCAAACAAGGUAGUCAAGUGAUAUCGGACGAAAGGCGUAGAGUAGAAGAACUGAAACGUAGAGUUCAGGACGAAGUUCGCUCACAAUGGGAGGAAAGAAAAAUGAAUUGUACAUCUUUUAAUAGUGUCGAGUCUGGUGAGGAAUCUUCGAGUUACUCGAUCGGUCCUACCGAAAGUGGAAGCGGAAGCAGCGACGGCGCGGAUAAUGGCACCAAUGAAAAAUUAUCGCCCGGUAAACUUUCGGAAUUUACAACACCCAGUCCGGGCCCGUCAGGCAAUUCCUACACACUACUACAGACUGAUAAUGUAAGAGACGGCAGGCCGACGUCCAUGGAGACGGAGAGAUUCAAUGGGAAUGGAAGUGGAAUUGCCGAUGACAGUGGAAGUCGACCUCUUUCUCAAACUUCCAGUGAGCUAGACUCCCUGGGUUCCUUGCAAGUUAAACACCGGGAUAAGCCAAAAUUGCAGAGGCCUUUAACAAGGUACUUGCCAAUAAAAUCGGAGUCUCUGGACUUACGGCAUCAUAUCGAAACAGCAGGUCAUCAAUUACCUUUAAUUCAUGACGUCACUGUGGAUACAACGAGUUGUGGCGGAUAUCUUUCUAAAAUGAGUAAAAAAUUUCACCACUGGAACAAGCGAUGGUUUGUUUUUGACAGAAAGCGUAAAACGCUUACGUAUUUUAGCGACAAUAAUUCAAGAAAGCCACGAGGCGUUAUAUACUUCCAGUCAAUCGAAGAAGUUUACAUAGAUCACAUGAAUGCCGUUAAAUCACCCCAACCAUCGUUAACAUUUAUCGUCAAGACAACGACAAGACCUUAUCAUUUCAUGGCUCCCAGUGCAGAAGCUAUGCGAGUUUGGGUAGACGUUAUUUUCACUGGAGCUGAAGGAUAUCAUGAAUUUGAUCCUAACUUAUGAUCAUUUUCGCCAAAACUUUGCAAAUUGUACAUUAAAAUCACAUGGAUAAUUUUCUUAAUGUUAAAAAUGUUAAAAAAAAAAAAAAAAA